CUUUUUUUGUAUCUAUUUUUUUUUUUUAACUUGUGUGUGUAGAGAAAAAAAAAAGUGCUUACUUUUCUUUGCCUUAUAUCUAACACAGUGAAGUCUUCUAAUUUAUUAAUUCUAUUUAUCACUUAUUAACGUCUCAGUUAGCCUAAGUAAAGGUGUACAUUCUUCCAUUAUACGCGUUUCCUAUAUCUAUUUAUUUUUUACAAGCGGAACCCAGUUCUCUUAUUCCUUGUGAUAUUUUUACCAGCAUUGAUACUUUCAUUUCUAUCUUAACUGAAAAAAGAAAGAGUUUUUCAGCAUGAACCAUUAUGCGAGCAACAAUAUCUUUACAGAUACAGAAUCAGAAUCGGAUGAUGUGAUUAUAAAUAGAGCACCCAACGGCGAAACAUCAGUAGAUAUCCAUUUAAUGGACGAUACAACGGACGAUGAAAAUGCUUUGAGUCCACAAAGCUCACCCUCAAAUCUAUCAGUUACAUCAGAAGAAGCAGACCUGAGUAGCUUGAACAACGAUAGUACUGAACAGCAAAACGACAACAUUGCAGACGAUACCUACCUAGACCCUGAGUUGUACUGCCUAAGACGCUCAGCGAGACAAAAACAACGCAAAAGUAUCACUCCUGCUCAAUCCUUUGAUUCAGAAGAUACAACCUAUACAACAACAGAUGAAGAUGAAAUACCAGACAAUGACUCUGAUGACGAUGAUUACGGUGGACCAGCCAUCAAACGAAAACCAGUCAAUAACAGUAGCAGAAAAUCAACAAGACGUUCAACUGUAGCUCAAAAACAAGUAACAGAAAUCGAUGCAAGUGAAGAAGAGUCAGUCACUGAAGAAGAAUCCGAUGAUGAAUGGGGAGCGUCUGUAAAUAGAAAGCGCAGACUAAAGCGUAGAAAUCGAUCCUUAAAGCAAACUCAUAAUACCAAACGUUCUAUCUCACCCAGCGAUUAUUCAAGGCAUUCAACACGUACGCGUAAAGUUACAAAUUACAAUGAAGAUAGUCUAUGGGGCUUGUCCGAUGAGGACGAGGAAGAACUCACACAAGCCUACACGCCCGCUGCUACUGAAGAAGAAGAGGGCGAAGUCAUUGAAGCUGUUUUAGAUCACCGUAGAAAAGACGGCUAUGAAGACGGCCCUGAUGUGCCAGAAGAAAAUAUAGAAUACCUAAUCAAAUGGAAAACAUGGUCCCAUUUGCAUGAUACCUGGGAUGAUUAUAGGUUCCUGAGUUCUUUCAAAGGCUUCAGGAAAGUUGAAAACUAUAUCAACAAGAUGCACGAAGAGCAGUCAUUCCGUUCACACAGCGAAACAACCAAAGAAGAAAUUGAACAGCAGGAUAUCAACCUCUCACGACUGCGUGAUGAGAUCAAAGACUGGCAGACCGUGGAGCGUAUUAUCGCUAUGCGAGGCUCUCCACCUGACAUCCAAUACUUUGUGAAAUGGAAGCGACUUCAUUACAACGAAUGCACCUGGGAAGAUUCUGAUGUUAUCUCCAACGAUUAUCAAUCUGAAAUUGAUGACUUUUUAGACCGAGAACAGAACGUUCAUAUUCCACACCGUUCAAAAACAUACCCGAAAGGUCAAAGACCAGCUUAUGCACGCUUCACAACCCAGCCGUCGUUCAUCACGGGAGGCGAACUUCGUGAUUACCAGCUGCAUGGUGUGAACUGGAUGUACUGGCUCUGGUGUCGAAAUGAAAAUGGCAUCUUGGCGGACGAGAUGGGACUUGGUAAAACUGUGCAAACGAUCAGUUUCUUAAACACGCUGUAUCACUCCUGCGAACUGUAUGGCCCUUUCUUGAUUGUCGUGCCUCUAUCGACUUCUGACAAUUGGAUGCAAGAAUUCAAGCAAUGGGCUCCUCAAAUGAACGUGAUUGCUUACCUUGGCAAUAAGGCGGCGAGAGAGGUGAUUCGUAACAACGAAUUUUACAUUCCUGGCACCAAACGCAUCAAAUUGAAUGUUAUUAUCACCACGUACGAGAUUGUCCUGAAAGAUAAAGACUUUUUGGGUUCGAUUCGUUGGCAGUACUUGGCUGUGGACGAAGCACAUCGUCUGAAAAACGCCGACUCUCAGUUAUAUGAAGUGCUGUCGAGCUUCCACACGGUCAACCGCUUGCUGAUCACGGGUACGCCUCUGCAAAACAAUAUCAAGGAACUCCUGGCGCUGGUGCGUUUCUUAAUGCCCAGUAUGGAUCUGAGCGAAUACAACUUUGACCUGGAUAUACAAGAUGCCAACCAGGAAGAGAAAAUCAAGGCACUUCAUUCGAGCAUUAACAGGAUCAUGUUGCGUCGUUUGAAAAAGGAUGUUGAAAAGUCACUGCCUAGCAAGACCGAGCGCAUUCUCCGGGUAGAGAUGAGCGAACUACAAAAGACAUACUAUAAACACAUUCUGGCCAAGAACUUUGAACUGCUUUCAGCCGGUGCAGAUGGUGCGAAAAAGCAAUGGUUGAACAUUGCGAUUGAAUUGAAAAAGGCUAGUAACCACCCUUUCCUGUUCCCAGAUGCUGAAACACCCUCCAAUAGUCGCAUAACUCAACUGAAAGGGAUUGUUGAAAACUCUGGAAAGAUGGUCUUGCUGGACAAGUUGUUGGCACGUUUGAAAACGGAUGGUCAUCGUGUGCUUAUCUUUUCGCAAUUGGUGAUGAUGCUGGACAUUCUCUCUGAUUACAUGUCGUUACGAGGCCACCCUUUUCAACGUCUCGAUGGUUCGAUGAAGCCAGAAGAUCGCAAUAAGGCGAUUGAACAUUUCAACGCACCGAAUAGUCCUGACUUUGUCUUUUUGCUGUCCACGCGAGCGGGUGGUAUGGGUAUCAAUUUAGUAACAGCGGAUACGGUGAUUAUCUUUGAUUCGGAUUGGAACCCUCAGAACGAUUUGCAAGCCAUGUCGCGUGCCCAUCGUAUUGGACAGACGAAAUCUGUCAACGUGUAUCGGUUUGUGACCAAAGGCACGAUGGAGGAAGACAUCAUUGAACGCGCCAAACGAAAGAUGGUGCUCGAAUACUGUGUCAUCAAACAGAUGGAUACGUCUGGGCUUUCCCUUUUGGAACAGCAGACGUUGACGACAGCGACAGGCAAAAACCGAGAGCUCCCUUUCAACAAAGCCGAGAUGUCGGCUGUUUUGAAAUUUGGUGCGAAAAACAUGUUUGAGUCGACGGGCAAUACAGAAACGAUGAAAGAGAUGGAUUUGGAUGAUAUUUUAGCUCGUGCUGAGCAGACAGAAACACUCAAUGACCAAGACAGCAGCGCGCUUGGCUCAGAAGACUUUUUAGCACAGUUCCGAAUUACAGAUUAUGCGGCCGAGAACUUGACGUGGGAUGAGAUUAUUCCAGCGGAAGAGCGUGCUAAGAUAGAAGAAGAAAAAGCCAAAGAAGACCAGCUUGGUUUACUUGAACGGGCUGCUAAAAAGGGCCGCAUUCAGUACAACGAAGAUGCCGGUGACAUCAACGACGACGAAGGCUCACAAACGAAUGGUGGCAAACGCAAGCGUGGUCAUGGCUCGGGCUCAGGCAGCAGUCGUAAGCGACAGAAUACGGGCAAACGCAACGAGCUUACCGAACGUGACCGACGAGCCGUUGUCCGCGCCGUUCUCAAAUAUGGCGACGUGGGUGCGCGCUACGAUGAAGUGGCGAAAGAUUUUGAUCUGCAGCAGCAUGAUAAGCAGGUGAUCAUUGACUUUAGUAAUGAGCUUAUUGACGAAUGCAGGACGCAGGUACGUGAACAAGCGCUCGCGAGCCACGCGUUCCCUGUGGAAGACGGCGAGAUUACAGAAGAUAUGCUGAUUGGCGAGCUUCGUCAUACGAAGCAGAAGGCCAUCUUGUUCACAUGGCGUGAUAUACAGAGCGUCAAUGCGGGACAGAUUCUGCAACGUCAGCAUGAUAUGAAGAUAUUGGCGCGUCGUCUGAAUGCCCUACCUGACCGACUCAAAUUCCGUGUUUCACUUGGAGCAAAACGUGUUCAGGGGUGGUCUUGUGCUUGGGGACCUAAAGAGGAUGCCAUGUUACUGGUGGGUGUGCAUACGCAUGGUUUUGGUUCUUGGCCAGCGAUUCAGAAGGAUACUCCGUUAGGCUUAUCGGAUAAAUUCUUCAUCAAUAACAAUGAGGAAGAGGAGAAAAAGACGCCUAAAGCAAUUCAUCUUGUACGUAGAGCAGAACAGAUGAUGAAGAUCUUGGCUGAGGAAGAGAAAAUGAGAGAGAAGAAGAAGAAGACCUCUUCUUCUUCUUCUUCCUCGGCCUCCAUCUCACUCACCGCCUCUCUGAAGAAAGGCCCCCAUGCGAAACAACAGCAAAAGCAGCCAUCGCUGCAUGCCAAAUCCGAUGGAAAUUCAGCUCACGCAAUAAAGGACAAAUCAUCGCCUAUGAAGAGAACAAAGAGUUUAACAAAGCAGCAGCCAAGUCGUUCGACAUCGAUCCGUUCGGAAAGUAGUGUUAGUCCGAGUGCCAUUAGAAAACGCAAGUCUCGUGAUGAAGAGGAGGAGGAGGAGGAAAGCAUGGAAAGCAGAAAACCAGAAAAAGAAAACAAGAUACCAAAGAAAAAUCACGAGGACUUUGAAGAGUUGAUGGCGUAUGCAUUGAUGCGACCCGUCAAGCCAGAAUUACAACGUCUGAAAAACGAUUCGAGUAAAGCAGAAGGUACAGAAAAAACAAAGAUUAUCAAAGAAUGCAUGUUGACCAUCGGCCAUCAUAUCAAGAAACAAUUGGCAAAACAUCCUCAACAUCCCCACCUGCAACGUGAGCUGUGGAUCUAUACGACACGAUUCUGGCCGGGCCUCAAUGUGACGUAUAAGGACUUGAUGAAUGUGUAUGACAAAUUAGUCGUUGCCAUCGAUGGUCAGCAGGCAGAGACACAUCAUCACACGAAGCAAGCAAGCACCAGCCCUGAUACGCCUUCACCUCCAUCCAAGCAUGCAGCAGGCUAUCGGGCUGAUCCAUCCCCCUCCUCCUCUCGUCGGCGGCGCGAUUCUCCAUCCCCCUCGUCGACGACAAAGCAUGCGAGCAGCCGCCGUCGUCAUCACUCACGCUCCGUGUCUCCUUCUUCGUCAAGGCGUUCAGGACAUCAUCAUCAUCAUCAUAAGCAUCAUCAUUAUCGCACGCAUCAUCAGCACUCACGCUCUCGUUCUCGCUCGGCUUCGAGGCAUAGUCAUAGUCGUCGACGCCAACGUUCUCGAUCGCCCUCCAUGACUGUGUCAAGGCAUUCUGGACGUCGUCCUCAUCACUCUCGGUCUCCCUCGAAACACGGCCAUCGUCGACGAUCGCAUCACUCGCGGUCUCCCACCAAGCACACGACGCAACACAACAACAGCAGUAGCAGCAGCCACCACCAUGCGACGCCUGUUCCGUCCCCCACGGAUCGUCCUCAUGCACACCAUGGCAAUGGUAGCACGAGUACGAGUCAACAACAGACGCGCUCACCUCCCUCGCCUUUGCACCCUCACUCCUCUCAUCCCAAGUCCACCUCUACCUCCUCCUCCUCCCAUCGCCGCCGUUCUUCGGGUAGUAGUAGUCAUAGUAGUAGCAGCAACAGUCAUAGCAGUAGGCAACGAUCGAGUUCUCGGUCGCGGCGAGAAGAGGAUCGACGUCGUUGAUGGAUGGGGUUGUAAAUAGGUAGAAAAAGUAGAAAUGAAGAAAAAAAGCAAAUCAUGAUUUGUUUGUUACAUACAUCUCUUCUUUUCAUGAUGUGUUUGUUUCAAUACAUAUAUCUCUCUCUCUUUUCUUUUUCAAAAAAAAAAAAGAAAAAAAAAGCAAAUCUAUUUUUGUUUGUAAU